AUGGCCAGGUCUCCUGCACUGCUCCCUCUCCUCGCUCUGGGGCUCUGCUGUGCUGGGAUCCAUGGCCAAAGCCACACAAUGAAGGUCCAGUUUCGUGACAGGAGCACCACACACCCCCGGGUGGGACAGCGGCUGGAGCUGGAGUGUCUGACCAACAAGGAGGACAGCGGUGUAUUCUGGGUCCAUCAGAGCAAAGAUGGGACCCUGCACUUCAUCGUCUUCAUCAAUUCCCUAUCCCGGCCCACCUUCAAGGGGAACGAGAAGACAUCCACACGCUUCAAGGCAGGGAAAGACAGAAGGUCCUACUGGCUGGUAGUGAAUUCUUUCACAUCACAGGAUGAGGGGAACUAUUUCUGCCUCAUGAACAGCAACCAAAUGCUGUACUUCAGCCCUGGCCAGCCUGUCUUCUUCCCAGUCACCACCACAGCGGCACCCACCACACCAACACCCACCACCCAUGGUGGUACCACCAAAAAGGACUCUUGCCUGAUGACCUCAGAUCAAGAGACCAGCAAGAAUAAUUUCUUCUGUGACAUCUUCAUCUGGGUUCCCUUGGCAGGCGCCUGCCUCCUGCUCAUCAUUGCCCUGGCCAUCACCAUCAUGCUGUGUCAACAAACCAGAAGACGAAGAUGCAGAUGUAAAAGACCUGCAAAUGGGAAGCCAAACACAAAACCUAGCAAGCCAAGCCAACAGGUAUAA